AUAAACGGGUAAAGAAAACGGCUCGCUGGGUGGAGCUGUUCGCUCGGCACUGGGCGAAUGAGGGGAGCACAUCCCGUCUGUGUGCGGCGGAGAGCGCCGGGGGCUAGCGCAUACAGUAGUUUUGUUUGGAGAGCAUCAGGGCUGUGCAGGAGAACUCCCUCUCUCCGAAGGCAUUUUAUCAUUCACUUGAACUGAACAAAAAGCCUAGGGUCACCGAGGCCAGACCUCGUUCAUCCAGACAGAAGAAAUACAGUUGCUAGUUAUUUUAUCCCGGCGUGUCCUGGGUGAUGGGUUUUUUUUUCCCUCCGUGCGUACAGGGAGAUAAGCCGCAGUAGCACAUAAGGCACCGGGUCCCGGGAAUGCGAGAAUUAAGACUGCGCUUCACAAGAGUGUGUUUGUCAACCGGCACAAUGUUCUGACAGGAGGCUGCUGCAGUUAAAUAAUAUUUCUGGAAACUGAUCCUAGAUGGUAUCUUCGCGGAGCUCUCUGAAUUUGUCGUGGGUUGGUAAUCAGAGUUAGGCGUCAGGAAUGCCCACUGUCUUGACCCUAGCAGGGCUCCUCAUAGCACUUUCCAUCCCGUAUGCGAGUGGACAGACAGAGCUGAGGUUUCUGGGACAGACGGAUUUUGUGGUGAACGAAAGCAGCACAACCGUGGUCCGGCUCAUCAUCGAGAAGACUGGAGAUCCCGUCAACAUCACGGCGUUAAUCCUGCUUGAAGGAGAUGAUACUGGAGACUUCGAGGCCACCUCAGCUGCAGCUUUCCUGCUGUCCUCGGAAACUAACAGGACCGUAUACAUCGCAGUGAAGGACGAUGAGCUGCCAGAAGCUGAUGAGACUUUCGUCUUCUCCCUUAGGCUGCAGAGCGCUGCCCCCGGUGUGAGACUUGGACUCCCCAGCACUGCCACUGUGACCAUCCUGUCCAACGACAAUGCCUUUGGAAUCAUUUCCUUCAACACAUCUUCUCUAAUCCCCGUGAAUGAACCCAGAGGUGGGAGGCAGUAUGUGCCUCUCAGCCUCAUCAGGGAGAUGGGGACUUACGGCACAGUGGGUGUGAACUUUGAGAUAAGCGAUGGACCAAAUGCAGCCAAUGAGGAUAUCAGCCCCGAAAAGGGCAAUAUCACCUUUCCUCCUGGCACAGCUGUGAUGGUAUACAGCCUCUUGAUACGUGAUGACCAGAUACCGGAAGACGAUGAGCUGUUCACUGUAAAACUGACCAGUGUUGAAGGAGGGGCUUUUAUUAACCCAAACCGCAGCAGCGUUCAAAUCAGAAUCAACAGGAAUGACAGCCCCAUAAAGUUUGCCCAGGCUCUACUGCUGGUGCCUGAGACUGCGGGCGUGGUCACGGUUGUAGUGACCCGAGGAAGGGACGAGGAGGACAAACUCAUCGGCUCAGACGCUGCAGAGAUCUCCAUCGAUUAUACCAUCGUCAGCGGCAACAGUACAGCCAGCGCCACGCUGAGAUCCGACUUUGUCGACCUGCAGACCAACAGGACGAUCGUGUUCCCCCCUCGGGUGUACGAAGUCCGACUGAGGUUCAUGAUCAUAGACGACGCCGUCCCAGAAAUAGCAGAGUCCUUCCAGGUGCUGUUAGUGGAGGACACGCUCAGGGGAGAUGGGGUCCUGCUGAACCCCAGCGUUGUUCAGGUCACCAUUGAGCCCAACGAUAAACCCUAUGGAGUGCUUUCAAUCAGCAGUGGGCUUGUUGCUCAAACAGUGGUUAUUAAUGAAGAUCUGACUCCCAGGUUCGACGGCAUUUCCGUCGUGAGGAUCGGUGGGACCCACGGCAAUGUGUCGGUGGGGUGGGCCAUCACGCGGAACAGCACCGACCCGUCCGCCGUGACCGCCGACUUGGCUCCGGCCGCGGGAACCCUGCGCUUCGCUGAGGGCCAGAUGGCCGCGGCCCUGCAGGUCAGCAUCACGCCCGAUGACCUCCCCGAGGAAGCUGAGGCCUACCUCUUCAGACUCCUGCCCGGCACCGUUCAGGGGGGAGCAGAGGUGGAUGAGCCAAUGGAGGUGGUGUUCUACAUUCAAGACAGCGAUGAUGUCUACGGGCUGGUCACGUUCCACCCCUCCGAGCAUCAGAAGAUCCAAAGCCACCCUUCCGGCCGCUUCCUCUCGCUCAGUUUCCUGCGACAGAAGGGCACGCUGGGAGACAUUCAGCUGGACUACACCGCCCUGUACAUCCCUGCUGGGCCGGUUGACCCAGCCCGGGCCAGAGACGGGGUUCUGAACACAACUAGGAGAAACAGCCUGACUUUCUCCGCAGGCCAGUCCCGGGCCCAGGUCACUCUGCCCAUACGGAACGAUGCCUUUCUCCAGAACGAAGCCCAUUUCGUUGUCCAACUGGACAGUGUGGAGCUGGUCAGUAUCGUCCCUCCCAUCCCCUCAGUGAGUCCCAGGCUGGGGGGGGACCUCAAUAUUUCUCUGCUAGUCAGCCCGGACAUCGCCAAUGGAGAGAUUGGUUUCACCAGCAACCAAACCCUGGCUGUGUACGAGCCGGAGAACGUCAACAGGAGUCUGAUAUCUCUUGCCCUGCGCCGUGAUGGGACCGAUGGCCAGGCGGUUGUGUUUUGGAGCCUCAAACCCACUGGUCUCAAUCAGAGGGACGUGACCCCUGAUGACCUGGGACCUUUCAGUGGCUCUGUGACAUUCCUGUCGGGACAGAGCGAUUCCUCCAUCAACAUCACCAUCAAAGCAGACAGCAUUCCUGAACUUAACGAGACGGUCAUCAUUUCGUUAGACAGGACUAAUGUGGAGAACCAGAUUCUUAAACCAGGAUUCACCAGCAGGGAGAUUGUCAUCAUUGAAAAUGACAGUCCGGGUGGAGUGUUCGAAUUUUCCCCUCGUUCAAGAGGACCAUGGUUUAUUAGUGAAGGAGAAGCAGUGGAGCUGAGAGUGAUUCGAACCCAAGGCUUGCUGCUGAAACAGCUGAUCCGUUAUGAAGUGAUGCCCAGCAACACCUAUGAGUUCUAUGGCGCCACAGGCAUCUUAGAGUUCAAUCCAGGAGAGAGAGAGGUCGUAGUGGCACUCCUGGCUAGACCAGACGGGAUCCCAGAGCUGGACGAGACGUUUUCCGUGGUGCUCAGCAGCCACGGCACGCCCGUCAUCCAGCUGGGUGCCGCCAGGGAGGUGAACGUCACCAUCCGGAAAAACGACGAUCCCUACGGGGUGAUAGAGUUCCACCCGCCCGGGGCGCUGGGCGUCCUCAAUGAAAGCAAGGGCUCCGAGAUGUACUCUGCGACUUACACGAUCAUGAGGAACAGGGGGACCUUUGGAGAGGUGUCUGUUUCUUGGACCUUAAACCCAGCCUUUACUGGAGAUGUCUUUCCAGUGCAAGGCACUGUCGUCUUCGCAGAGACUGAAUUUUCCAAAAACCUCACGCUCACGUCCCUCCCAGAUGAGGUUCCGGAAGAGCUAGAAGAUUUCACUGUCAUGCUAUUAAAUGUCACAGGAGGUGCAAGAUUAGGGAAUGUACUGAAUGUAACCCUGAAGAUUAGAAAAAAUGAUGAUCCUAUUUACUUUGCAGACCCUGUGGUUGUCAGGGUGCAGGAGGGACAGGCGGUCACCUUAACGGUUCUGAGGAACGGCUCAGCGGACUUCGUUGCCACGGUGAUGUACCGGGAGGCUGGCGGCAACGCCUCUCCUGGUGACUUCUUGCUCAAUGGCAGCAGCGGCGGCGUCCUGGUCUUUGGACUGGGGGAGUGGGCAAAGAACAUCUCUGUGGCCAUCCCUGAUGAUGACGAACCCGAAGCCGAUGAACCUUUUCACAUCGUUCUCUACAAUGCCACAGGUGAUACUGUGGUCUAUGGUACUGACACGGCCACAGUGGUGAUUGAGGCCAGUGACGACGCCAAUGGUAUCUUCUCCUUGGAGCCUGUUGGGAAGAUUGUGCAGGAGGGCCAAUCAAAUAACUUUAAUGUUUUGAGAGACAGGGGUCCAUUUGGAAUGGUCACUGUCUUCUGGCAGCUGUUUGUAAAUGACACAGCCUUGGAGGCAGGGCAAGAGUUUUCUAACACCUCAGGGACUAUUGUUUUCUCAACUGGAGACCGGACCAAGCCUAUCACUCUGCAAGCUAUUCCUGACCAAAUCCCAGAGUUCAACGAGGUCUAUAAUCUGAGACUCAUCAAUGUUUCAGGUGGCGAUCCCGGACAGGGCGGCAGGCUGGCCGAUGUCAACCUGAGCGCGUCUGUUCUCAUUCCGUUCAACGAUGACCCAUUCGGGGUGUUUGUGAUCGACCCCCUCACCGCGGACCGGGAGGUGGCCGAAGACGUCCUCUCGGAGGAUGACCUGUCCGAUGUGACCAGCUUCACGGUCCUGCGGCAGCAGGGCACCUUCGGGGACGUCCGCGUGGGCUGGGAAAUACUGUCGGACGCCUUCCGAGCCGGUCUGCCGCCAAUGAGAGAUUUGAUUUUGACUGGGUCCUUCCCCAGUUCAGUGGAGCUCAGGCCGCACAUGAGGCGGCACCACUCCGGAACCGACGCUCUGUAUUUUUCGGGGUCCCCAGGUGCCUUUGGGAGUAUCAACCCCAGUGAGCUGCUGAGCGUGAAUGGAAGCCUGGCCAAUUUCACCUUUUCGGCCUGGCUGAUGCCCACCCGCAACACCGAUGGCUUCGUCAUUGCGAAGGAGAGUGGGAAUGGCAGUGUGUACUACGGGGUGAAGACACAGACAAAUGAGUCUCACGUUACCUUGUCGCUUCACUACACACCCCUGGGAUCCAGUGUGGCGCAAGUGGCCAGAGCAACAGCAGCCAGGUUUCUGGAGGAGAACACCUGGCUGCACGUCCUCGUCACCCUUGACGAUGGUAUAAUUGAGUUCUACCUGGAUGGAAGCCCAGUACCCGGGGGACUGCGAAGUCUGAAGGGGGAAGCCAUCGCUGAUGGGGCGGCGCCGCUGUGGAUCGGGGCGGGGGCAGGCGGUGAGGAUCGGUACACGGGAGCCAUGCAGGAUGUGAGGCUGUACUCCAGCAGGCUGAGCCGCGCGGAGAUCCACGAGCUGCACAGCCAGCCCGCCAAGGCCGAUCUGCGCAACGUCUCGGGCUACCUGCAGUACCGCCAGGGAGAGAGCCGCAAGUCCUUCAUUGUGGAGGUGCGGGAUGACACGGAGGAGGAGGGGGAGGAGCUCUUCGCCCUGAGGCUGGUCUCUGUGCACGGAGGAGCGAGGCUGCCUGAGCAGAGCACCGCCGCCCAGCUGAGGAUACAGAAGAGCGACAACGCCAAUGGCCUGUUUGGCUUCACAGGAACAUGCAUCCCUGAUUCAUCAGAGGAAGGAUCGACCAUCUCCUGUGUAGUGGAGCGUACCAGAGGAGCCCUGGACUACGUGUUUGUAAACUACACCGUCACACAGGCCGAUGCCGGCGGCGCUUCUUUCAGCACCGCGGACUUUGCCAACUCCAGCGGCUCGAUCACGUUCCUGCCUGGGCAGCGGUCGGAGGUCCUCAACCUGCUUGCUCUGGACGAUGACAUUCCCGAGUUGGAGGAGCACUUCCGGGUCACUCUGGUGUCGGCGGAGUCCGGGGAUGGAAAGAGAGGCUCUACCCCGACCAGCGGAGCCAGCAUUGACCCCAGCAACGCUGCUACCAGGGUCGCCAUCAAAGCCAGCGACCACCCCUACGGUGUGCUGCAGUUCUCGCUCGGGCCCCCGCCCGGCCCCGCCGACGGAGCGAUCAGACCCGCGCUCGUGGGGCCGCGGCUCGCGGUGCGAGAGGAAGACGGGAAGGUCAGCUUGCUGGUGGUGCGGGCGCAGGGCCUGCUGGGAAGGGUCAUGGCGGGCUACCGGACCGUCCCAUUGACUGCUGUCAGUCCCGACGACUUUGAGGAGACAGAAGGCGUGUUGGACUUCUUACCUGGAGAGAAGUUUAAAUACAUCUAUGUGAACAUCACAGAUAACUCAGUGCCUGAACUGGAAAAGACUUUCAGAGUGGAGCUCUACAACCCUGAUGGAGGAGUUGAUGAACUCUUUAGGAGUGAGGGCAGUGGCAGUGGAGAAAGUGACGCUGACUUCUUCCUCCCAACUCGACACCAUCGUGCCAGCCUGGGGAUAGCGUCUCACAUCAACGUGACCAUAGCUGCCUCCGACGAUGCCCAUGGUGUCUUCCAGUUCAGCACCAGCUCACUGAGAGUGAGUGGGACAGAGCCAGAGGGAGACCACAGCACCGUCAUACUGCAGGUGGUUCGCACUGGUGGAGCCCUGUCCAGGGUGACUCUGUUUUGGGAGGCGGACCUGAGUGCAGAGGCAGACCUCGUUCACAGAGCUGGCAAUGUCACCUUUGAGGUUGGGCAGACGGAAGGGGAUGUCGUGGUCCGGGUGGCCUCAGAUGACAUCCCUGAGCUGGACAAAAGCUUCGCCCUACUCCUUUCCAAUGUGUCGCAUGGACGCCUGGGAAACCUGACCAAUGCCACGUUCACUAUACUGGCAAGCGACGAUCCCUACGGGCUGUUUGUGUUUUCGGAGGAAAGUCGGCCCAUUCGUGUCCCAGAAGGGAACAGAGAUGUGACACUUGUGAUCGAGAGACAGAAGGGGCUGAUGGGAUCCGUGCAGGUCCAAUACAGAAGCCUGAGAGACAGUGAAAUGUCACCGGACAUCCCACCUGGUGUUGCCAGGGCAAAGGAGGGGAGCGACUACAUUGCCCUGCUGGACUCUGUGAUCUUUUCAGCCAAUCAGAGAGAAGCCCACAUCAGCCUUCGUGUGCUGGAUGACGAGGAACCCGAACAAGCAGAAUCUGUCUUCAUACAGCUGAUCAGCGCUAUUCUUAUUAAAGGAGUUCAAGAUAGACCUAUUCCUCUCUCCCCUCGUCUCGGCCUGAAGAACAGCACGGUGGCCCAGGUUGUAAUUGAAGCCAGUGAUGAUGCCUUUGGGGUCUUGCAGUUGUCCUCUUCGGCGGUGAGUGUGGCAGAGUUCUAUGUGGGGCCCAUUGUCAACGUCACCCGGACUGGAGGAAUCUUCGCUGACGUCUCGGUGAAGUUCCGGGCAGUGCCGAUGACUGCAAGAGUUGGGGAAGACUACAGUGUGGCCUCAUCUGAUGUCGUCCUGCUGGAGGGAGAGACUAGCAAGCCUGUGCCAAUCUACGUCAUCAAUGACAUCAUCCCAGAACUGGAGGAGAAAUUUCGCAUUGAACUCCUCAACCAGACCACAGGGGGCGCUCUGCUUGGAGAACUCACCCAGAGUGUCAUCACCAUCGAACCCUCCGAUGAUCCCUUUGGGUCUUUUGUUUUUCAGGCUGCUUCCAUCACAGUAGAGGAGCCCGAUGUCAACUCCACCAAGAUAAACUUUCCCAUCAUAAGGAAUGCUGGAACGCUGGGUAAUGUGACCGUUCGAUGGGCAGCCACUGUUAGCGGGCAGCCUGCUAUUGGGGACCUUCAGCCUGUCUCAGGCCAGAUCAUCUUUGCUCCUGGAGAAACCAUGAAGACUCUGGCUGUCGAGGUGUUGGCAGAUGAUGUUCCAGAGAACGAAGAGAUAAUCCGCCUGGAGCUGAUAGGAGCCUCAAAUGGAGGCAGCAUUGGGGCUGAGAGAAUGGUGAACAUCCUGGUUCCUCCCAAUGAUAAUCCUUAUGGGACAGUGUCCUUCAGGCAGUCGGUGUACCGCUUCCAAGAGCCUCUGGAGGGAGCCAUGACAGUUAAUAUCACUGUCAGGAGAAGCGGGGGACUGUUUGGACGCCUGCAGAUCUUGUACAGCACCGCGGAGACGGAUGUCGUGGGCCGGGCUUUGAGAGAGGGGCAGGACGUUCUGGUUUACUAUGACCCUCCGGUGCGGGCCGUGCCGAACAGCCCCCUCCGACAGCCGAUCAACGUCUCUUCCCAAAGCGAGCCGCUGCCCGCCUGUGCCGCCGCCUGCCUGCGGGAUCGCGCCUGCCUGGCGUUUUCCUUCUCUAACGUCUCCGGGGUCCCCAGGUGUGACUGGGUGGCGUCUGUUGGCAUCGCGCUGACCAACAGCUCGGCGGUUCUCACCUUCGUCAAAAACACCACUGCGGCCUCCUCCUUGUUCAGCUCGCAAGCCGUCGCGGGAAGCGACUACGAGCCUGUGACCACCAAGGCAGCCUACGUGUUGGAAGGAGAGGGCACGGCCAACCUCACCGUGACCCUCCUGACGGACGCCUUCCCGGAAGUGGACGAGACGUUCUCCGUCCGCCUCCUGAAAGUCGAUCUGGUGAACCUGACCGCCGCCCCCCGGAACAACCCCACCAUAGGCCAGCCCGACACAGCCGCCGUCACGAUCGCCAUGAACGGGGAUGCCUUUGGCGUCUUCCUGAUCUACAGCGCGAGCCGCAACGCCACGGACAGCGGGCGGUACCUGGAGGUGAAGGAGGAGCCCAGGGCCUCCGUGCUGCUGGUGAUCGAGAGAAGAGGAGGCAGCCUGGGGCAGGUGACUGUGGAGUGGAGCGUGGUGGGGGGCACUGCCGCACCUGGUGUCGAUUUCAACGGGACUGGGGAGAUCCUCACUUUUGCAGAAGGCGAUGUGAUGAAGACCGUCGAGCUGUCCAUUGUGGACGACGCCGAGCCAGAGGACAACGAAACGAUCGUGAUCGGUCUGACGAACACGGAAGGAGGGAGCCGCAUUCUCCCGAGCUCGGACACCGUCACCAUUGUCAUUCUGGCCAAUGACUAUGUGGCUGGGGUGGUGGGGUUCCACACCGCCUCCAGAUCGGUCGUCGCUCAAGAAGGGGAGACGCUGCGACUGCUGGUGACGAGGACCCCUCCUGGUCUGGGCAACGUCACUGCGGCCUGGCGAGUCGAGGGGCCCCGCGUGGCGCAGAACUUCGCCAACGUCUCCGGAGUACUCGUCUUCCCCGAGGGCUCCUUGAAUGCGACUAUAGUCCUGCGGCUGCUGGAUGAUGGAGUUCCCGAGGAGAAGGAAGAAUACAGCGUUGUCCUGUCUAACAUUCGUACCGAAGGGGUCCCUCCCACAGGACUAGCUGUGCUGGACAGACAGGGCUCUCAGGCUGUGGUGACGGUGGAGGCCAGCGACGAGCCGUACGGUGUGCUGAACUUCGCCCCCUCCUCACGCGUGGUCUCCACACAGGAGAAGAACACCACCAUCCAGCUCUUCAUCAACAGGGAGUUUGGAUCCUUGGGAGCCAUCAACAUCAGCUAUGCAACAGCGCGGGGGUCGCUGCGAGACCCGAACGUGACAGAGGGCUCGCUGGCCGAGCCGGGCCUGGACUUCCUCCCCGCGGACGGGUCUGUGCUGCUGCGAGAGGGGCAAACCUCGGCCUCCAUCAGCAUCACCAUCCUUGAUGACGACAUCCCUGAAUUGCAGGAGUUUUUUCUCGUGAACAUCACGUCUGCAGUUCUCAUCACAACCUCUCUCACGGCUUCCAAGUUUGAUGUGGUUCAUUAUACUCUUAAAGAUGUCGGGGGUCUUGUGGCACAGGUCACAAUCGAAGCCAAUGAUGGGAUCAGAGGAAUCAUCGAAUGGCAAAGUGUGAACUUUGAAAUCAAUGAAACAAUAGGCAGCUUGACCCUAGUGGCCUACAGGGACAGAGGGACCUAUGGGAAUGUGUCUCUCUUCUUUUAUGCUCAAAAUCUCGAGGCGCAGCUGGGCCUUGAUUACAACGCAACAUCUUCGAUCGUCCACUUCGCUAAUGGUGAGAGAUACAAAUUCAUCGACAUCCAGAUCUUUGAUGAUGCCAUACCUGAGGGUGAUGAGAGGUUCCAGCUGGUUUUGGCCAAUCCCUCUUUCGGGCUUGAGCUGGGAGACGGAACAACAGCUACCGUGACUGUCCUUGCCAACGAUGAUGGUCAUGGGGUCAUCUCCUUCAACAACAGCCAGCACUUCUUCCUAAGAGAGCCCACUUCCCUGUCUGGCCUGUCGGAGAGCGUGGCCACUCUGUACAUCGUCCGCGACCCCCGGCAGGGGACUUUUGGUACAGUCACUGUCCACUACCUCAUCACCGACACCAACGGGACAGAAGCAAUGGGGGACCUGGUUCCUUCGCAGGGCUUCGUCAUCCUAGAAGAUGGAGUAAGAUUCAAGACCCUGCAGAUCUGGGCUGUGCUGGAUGAGGAGCCAGAGGUGAACGAGACCUUCGCCAUCACUCUGUCCAGCCCCACCGGAGGAGCCCGGCUGGGACAGAGCCUGCAGACCCUCAUCACUGUGCUGCAGAACCAGGCUCCACUCGGGCUCUUCAGGCUGUUCCCCCUCAAUAACAGGACAAGCUCGGUGACCGUUCAGGAAGGCAACGCGCCCGUGUACCUGACAGUGUCCCGCAGCAACGGCUUGGACACCGCCGUCAGCGUGGAGUGGGAAUCGCAGUCGGACACCGCCCAUGGCAUGAGAGGGGACUUCCCGGUGAUGUCCGUGGUCCAGAGCUUUGCUGGACAGCCGUCCUCCGGCUGGUGUGCCCUGAGUCACGCAGACAACCUGCUGGCCCUGCAGCUUGGCAAGGAUCGUCCUGGUGGUGCUGGGGAGGCCCUGUCCACACUCUACAAGUGGCAGGGUGUAUUUGCACCUCUCCAGUUCUUGAAAAUCCAAGAUCCAAGACGGUGCAUUGCUUUUGUCAUGAAUGGUUCCUCCUACGUUGCAGUCACCCAUGGGGGACAGGAGGUGUCCAGAGCAGCAAAUAUUAGCCUCUUCAGACUGGGCCCUCAUCUGAACUUGACCUUGGAACAAUCCUUCAGUGUUGAAGCCUUUGAUGUAAAACACUUUUCGGUGGAAAAUAACAAUUAUUUAAUAAUAUCCACCCAGGUCUUCCGGCAGAUGGGGGGCGCGUUUGUCUUCCAUCAGGCACUGGACCUCCAGGAAGCCACCGGCGUGUCUCUGUUCCUCAGGGGAAGCUCCUUGUACCUGGCCGUCUCCCUCCGCAGCCCUGGGAACGGCUGCGUGCUCUACCGCUGGGCCGCCGGCCAGUUCCGGGACCCCCAGCCCCUCCCCACGGCCGCUCCGGCCACGCAGGUGGACACAUUCCACCUGGGGGCCGACACCUACCUGCUCCUCGUCACUCCAGGGCCCGCCUCGGCGUGCGAGGUGUUCGUGUGGAGGCCGCGGCAGCCCUCCUUCCGGCCCUCGCAGUCCCUUCCCCUGGGGGAGCUGGCCUCCGCCCACAGCUUCACAGCCUCCUCGGGCAUCCAGCACAUCAUGCUGGCUGGCAGAAAUAAGUCUUCUCUUUAUUCCUGGAGUUUGGAACUGAACCUGUUUUCCCUGGUGCUGGAGUCUGCGCCAGCCCAACAGCUGCUCUCUGUCCAGCCCCUGGACCUCAACUCCACGAAGACAUUCCUCAUUGCUUCUGGAGACUCUGACUCCACAGUAUAUGAGCUGACAUCCGUCUCAAACCAGUCUGAUUUCAUACCGAGUUCAGGCGAGCUGCGGUUCGACCCUGGAGACAGGGAGCUGGUGAUUGCGGUGAACGUCAUUGACGACAACAUCCCAGAGGAGGAGGAGACAUUCAGCGUCCGUCUCAAGAACCCCAGAGGAGGAGCCGAGAUCGGACCCAAUGGUCAGGUGACCAUAGUGAUCCCGUCCAAUGAUGAAGCCCACGGCAUUGUGGGAUUUGCACAGAAUUCACUGCGCAGGGACGUUGACGAGCUGGAAGAAGAUAAUCUUUUCACGCUGAAUAUCGAGCGAUUGAGAGGGACCUUCGGGAAGAUCACGGUACACUGGGUAGCCAACGGGAGUCUGAAUGACAUCUUCCCCGGCUCUGGAGUGGUGUCUUUUUCAGACAGUCAGGCGCUUGCUGCAAUCUCACUGACAGUUCUGGCAGACCAGGUGCCUGAGCUUGCCGAGACGGUCACCAUCACCCUCACUGGGGUCACCACUGUGGGGAUUAAAGACCCCACACAGGGCGCAGUGAUUGACCCACGCAGGAACAAGGCUCAGAUCACCAUCCUCACUAACGACUCUCCCUAUGGGGUGAUCAGCUGGCGUUCGGACUCCCUCUUUUCCACCACACAGGAGCCACAGUAUGGCCCGAGCAACAUCACUUUAACCAUUGUAAGAGAGCAGGGCUUUGUUGGGGAUGUCGCAGUACAUUUCAGAACAAAGCCUGCUUUGUCACAACUGCCGGUGAAUCAGGCAACAGAAAACGAGGACUAUGUUGCUAAAGAAGAGACCGUGAUAAUGAAGGAAAAUGUGACUGCUGUCCAUGUCUACAUCACUAUACUGCCUGACGAUGCUCCUGAACUAGCGGAAACCUUCUGGGUCAACAUCACCGGAGUGGAGCUGCUGAGGGCAGUGGAAGGUGGAGGACAGCCCAGUGUCAGGAGGCCGGGAAUGGAGACAGUGGAAAUCACCAUUCUGGAGAAUGACGAUCCCCGGGGAGUUGUACAGUUCAACGUUUCUAAGGAUAUGAUUGGCAGAGUUGUGGCCUAUGAAGUUGUUCCUCCAGGCAAUCUCCUGCAGUUAUCUGUCGUCCGAUUGGCUGGCCAGACUGGCAGGGUGGUGGUGUACUGGGAAGCUCAGCCCAUCUCUGCCAGCCUCGAAGACUUUAGUCCAGCUUCUGGAAAUAUCACACUUAAUGAUAGACAGGACAAGAGCUUUAUUGAAAUCGCCAUAUUGGAUGACAACAUUGUUGAAUUCGCGGAGACUUUCAGUGUUGCUUUAACUGCUGUGGCUGGGGGGGCCAGACUGGGGAAUGAAUCCUCUCUGAUUGUGACCAUCCCUCCCAAUGACUCGCCUGUGGGCAUGUUUGGAUUUGACCUGCGAGAGGUGACGGUGCGGGAGCCUCAGUUUCCCGGUGACCCUGCUGCCAUGGCAACACUGACAGUGGCGCGCAGCCCCGGUGGCUCAGGGUCGGUUCACCUUGUGUGGCUCGUGGAGGAAGCAGCCAGAGAGGACCUGACACCCCUCAACGGGACUCUGUUCUUUAAUGAGACCGAAUCCAGGAAGACUCUGUUUGUGCGUGCUCUGCCAGAUGCUGUGCUAGAGGGAGAUGAGAGAUUCACCAUUCAGCUCCUGUCGGCCACAAGCGACGCCCUCAUCAGCCCCAUUGACGGUUUUGCCUCUGUUGUUAUUCUGGGAGACCAGGGAGCUCUUGGGACGGUGGAGAUUGCCAAGUCCUCCCAAAACAUUCUGAUUGGAGAACCAGUGGGGACUUACAAUGGGUCAGCCCUUGUCAGCAUUGUGCGUGGUCCUGGGAUUUUUGGUGAGAUCACCGUUUACUGGAACAUAACUCCCCCCAUUGCGAGCGAAUUUGAGGAGACAUCUGGGAAGGUGGUCAUGAGGGACAGGCAGUCUGCUGCCACCAUCAGAAUACAGGCCCUGGACGAUGACAUUCCCGAGGAGAGGCGCUCGUACCAGCUGGUCCUGAGCUCGGUGAGCCAGGGCGCCGAGAUCAACCAGUCCAGCAGGAGUGCCAACAUCACCCUGGCCGCCAGUGACUUCCCUCACGGCUGCUUCUCCCUGGCGCGGGAGCUCCUGCAGACCUCGGAGGAGGAGAGAAGGGUGAACAUCACAGUGCUGCGGUCUCAGGGCCAUAUUGGGAGUGUGCUGGUUUGGUACCAGACCACCAGUGGCAGUGCGGAGAGCGACUCGGACUUCACCGCUGUGUCCGGGCAGCUGCUGUUCCUCCCGUCAGUCUCUGUCCACACCGUCCCCGUGGAAAUCCUCAAUGAUGACCUGCCCGAGGGCCCGGAGCAGUUCUACCUCAAUAUCACCAGAGCAGAGCUUGUCAAUGCCAGUGAUUCUGACUUCACAAUAAGAGAGCAAGGGCUUCAGCGAGACCAGCCUCCCGCAAUAGGGAACAUCUCGUCCACAAGGAUCGUCAUACAGAAGAACGACAAUGCUGAGGGCAUCAUUGAGUUUGACCCCCAGUACAGAAGGAUCACUGUGGAAGAGGAUGCUGGUACAGUUCUGAUCCCGGUGCUAAGGAGACGAGGCUCGUUGGGAGUGGUGAUGGCAGAUUUCAUCUCCCGCAGUGUGACGGCUCUUCCCAAUGGGAUAGACUUCAGCCUCCCCAACAGCUCUGUCACUUUCUACCACGGGCAGAACCUCACCCACAUCAACGUGUCCAUUGUUGACGAUGCAGACAGGGAAUACGAAGAGCUGUUUGAGAUCCAGCUAACAGGAGCCAGUGGGGGAGCCGUGCUGGGAACCCAUUUGGUUUCUCAAAUAGCCAUUGCCAAAAGCGACUCUCCCAACGGGCUCAUCCGGUUCCUUAACAAGAGCGAGCUCGUAAUCCCCAACCCCAACAGCACCCAAGUGCUGACGCUGGUCCUGGAGAGGACAGGGGGGCUGACUGGAACAGCCACGAUAAAAUGGAACAUUCUAGGUCCCAAUUCAAAAGAGGUUUUGCCUGCAAUAAACACAGACUUUGGUGAACCUGUGAAUGGAUCCUUCCAUUUCAGAGAUGGGGAGGGAGGAACCCGUGCCAUUGACCUGAUGGUCUUCCCCCACGGGGAGGUGGAAGUGCGGGAGACUUUCACUGUGUCGCUGAGCCUCCUGUCGGGGGAAGCCGACAUUGACUCUAAGGCACACAGUGUGGCCCUCACGAUCGAGAAGUUUGGGGAUCCCAAUGGUAUCGUGCAGUUCAGCCCGCAGGCCCUCGUAGAGAGGAGCUACGUGGAGCCCAGUGAAAUGGAGGGCCCUCUGAACAUCUCCUUCCUCAUCACUCGGAGGGAAGGGCUCAUGGGGAAUGUCACGGUGUCUUGGGAGCUGUCCAGUGGCUCUGACAUUGCAGGUGACUUUGUUGCCCGUCGAGGGCAGGCUGUGAUUCUAAAUGGGCAGAGAUCAGCCGAAAUACUGGUCCACCUCUUGCCAGACAACAUACCCGAGCUGGACGAGCUGUACACCAUCAGACUGACCUCUGUGGAGGGAGGUGCGGACCUGGAUGCCGAUAAAAGCACCUCCAGGUUCUCAGUGAAAGCCAACGAUGAGCCCCAUGGCGUCUUCGCCAUCUAUCCUGGCCUGCAGUCUGUAACAGUGGGCAGGGACCUCGGCCGGGAAAUUUCCCUCAAUGUCUCUCGACAUGCAGGAACAUUUGGGAACGCCACGGUGGAGUACAAGAUCACUGCCAACGGCCAAGGACAGAACUUCUUCAUGGACACUGUUCUGGGAAACCUCUUGGUUAAAGAUGGUGCCAGUUUCGGAAGCAGUGCAGUGCCAAUCAGUAAUCAGGCUUUCUUUCCUACGGGUUUCAACUUCACCGUCGAGCUUUCCAACGUGACCCUGAUAGGUGAGGUUUCUGGGAGCCCUCCUCGGGUCCUGCAGGAGGCGAAGAUGGCUCUGGUGUCUGUCCCCGAAGCGGCUGCAAAUUCAGAGGUGGGGUUUGAAUCAGUCGCUCUCCAGGUCUCGAGCCUUGUGACCGGCAGCACUGAAGCGGUGAUAUCCAGGAGAGGGCUGUAUGGACACCUGAGUGUAGACUGGAGUACCGGCUACCCCCCUGGUCAGGCACCUUCUGGCUACCAGCUUGGCCAAAUCAGCCCCUCUUCAGGGACAGUGCAGCUGGCUCAUGGUGAGAAGAGCAGGGCGAUAGCUCUCGCUGCCGUCUCGAACAUCUCCAGCCCCGAGGCCUUCGCUGUGCAUCUGACCGCAGUGCAGUCCGGCGUGCCCGGUGGGGCUCGGUUCAGGCCGGGAUUCACUGUAGCUGAAAUCGAGCCACUGGGAGUCUUUCAGUUUGCGCCAAACUCAAGACAGCUUGUGGUUGAAGAAGACGUGCAGACAAUCACUUUAUACGUUCAGAGGUGGUUCGGUUUCCGGAGCAACCAGACCAGGCUGACGUACCUGACGUCAGCAGGCAGUGCCAAACCCAACGAAGACUUUGCUGCUGUCCCGAACGGAGAGCUUGUUUUCGGGUCCCGCCAGACCACCGCCGCGAUCGGGCUCUCCGUGUGGAACGACAACGUCACCGAAGAGGACGAGUCCUUCUUCGUCAACCUGACGAGCGCCGACGUUUUGCACGGCGGCCCCCCUGCCCCCGACGCGAGGCCGCGGCUCGUCCCGGAGCACAGCGUCGCCGCGGUGACGAUUUUGUCCAACGACGCCGUCAGAGGCUUGCUGAGCAUCGGGCCGACCUUGGCGCAGACCCUGGAGGACAUGGACAACGCCACUCCGCGGAGCGUGGUGCUGCGCGUGCGCCGGUCCGCGGGGUUCGCUGGGGCUGUGAGGGUGAGGGCACAGACUUUCGGGGGCAGGCGUGUGGCGGCGGGCCUGCAGGGCACUCCUUUCGAGAACGCCCUGGCCAACGGGAGCUUCACCUGGGCCACCGAGGGAGAGGACUUCCAGCCACAGGCUGUGGUCCUCACGCUGCUGGAGGGACAGAGGGAGGCGGAGGUGGCACUCCGCAUCCUGGACGACGACGUUCCAGAGGGCCAGGAGGUGUUCUUCGUCUACCUCACUGACCCCGAGGGAGGGGCGCAGGUUGUGGAAGGGCUGGACGAGCACGGAUUCGCUGCUUUUGCAAAAAUCAUCAUCUUGGGGAGCGAUCUGCAGAACGGCAUUGUGGGCUUCACUUGGGCCUCUCAGGCCGGGGCAGUGCUGGACGAGGACUCUGGGAACAGAACAGCUCUGCUGACUGUGCAGAGGCAGGAGAACAGAGCGUUUGAAGAUGUUGCAGUGUUCUGGCGUGUAACGCUGAACCAGACCAGCCCCUCACUAGUGAGCCAUGAUGUGAAUCUCACUAAGGAGUUGCUGUAUACCUCAGGAACAGCCCUGUGCAGGAAAGGAGAAGUAUUAUGUUUCUUUAGUCUGGAAAUCAGACCUGACAAGGUGCCAGAGUUUGAGUCGUGGUUUUGGGUGGAGAUCUACCAGGUCGGCGCUGGGGCCGAGAUCAACGACAGCGCCCGCUUUGCCAACAUCACCGUGCCGGAGAGCGACAGCCCUCGAGGGCUCAUCUACUUUGCGGUGGGCUCCCGCGUGCCCGCAGCCCACCAGAAGACCACCUUCCUCAGCCUGCAGGUGGCCAGAGAGGCCAGCAGCAGCUCCAUCGUCUCUGUGCGCUACAGCAUGCAGGAACUGAAGAAAGCUGAGCCAGCGGUACCCACAUCAAUCUGGCCGGCAGUAGCUGGGAUGGAUUUUGUGAAAUCGGAGGGGCUGUUGACUUUUGAAGCUGGGCAAAGAAGCACAGUACUGGACAUCUCCCUCACCCCUGACCGGGCCUCUUCCAACCCCCUGCCCAAAAGGUUCCAGGUGGUGCUCUCUGAGCCCACAGGGGGCGCCAAAGUGCACCCAGAGUUUAGUGUUGCCAAUGUGACCAUUGUGUCCGACCCAGAGACACAGGCUGUGUGGGCUCUGGUGGAGCAGCUGCAGCAGCCUCUGGAAGAGAGCAUCAUCAACCGCGUCCUGCAGAACCUGGCCAGCAAGGUCGUGGCAGAGGUCACCAAGGAGCAGCUGACAGCUGUCACCACUGCUCUAGCGAAGGUGCUGAUGGAGGGCGAGCAGAGCUCUCUGGCGGACAGCAGUAGGAGCUUGACCUAUGACCUCCUGUGUGCUAUGGCCAACCCCACCCGCAAAGACACACGAGGCCUCAGCCAGCUGUCUGAGGUCACAGAGCGGUUCGCUCUCUCCCUCCUCACUGACACAGCCUGUGGCUCCCAGGGAAUCAGGGGUAAGACCAUACUAGACACCUGCCCAUACAUUUCUAUUGGGGCCUUCCACUGGUACCCUCAGCAGAUCAAUGGGCACGCCUUUGAAGGGAAGGACGGGGACUCAAUCCAGGUCCCAGAAGCCCUGCUGGAGGUACCAGCUCUGCCUCCUGACCGCGUCCCCACGGCUGCCUGCGAGAAAGUGCAAUUCACAGAGUACAGCAGCCAGCAGUGGUUUCUCACUGACAGCAAGCCCACGGCGCUCAACAACAAGAUCUUUUCUCUGAGUCUCAAAGGCCGUGGAUCCCAGCCCCUCUCAAGUAAUAAUGAGGUCAAGUAUCGCAUUCACACUCCCGCUGGGCGCCUCAAGCCAGGCCAGUCCCUGUGCCUCCUGUGGAACCAGGCUUCUGAAAGCUGGCUGUCAGACAGUCAGUAUUGCCGGGUGGUGGACGACACAGCGAACUUCGUGGAGUGUGCCUGCUCCCACUUCUCCAUCUACACAGCGUAUGCACAGACCGAUAGCCUGCCUUCCUACAAUGAGGCCUUCUACACUGCGGGCUUCAUCUGUAUCUCAGGAUUCUGCUUGGCCAUCCUGUCCCAUGUGUUCUGCUCCAGAUUCUCAAUGUUUGCUGCCAAACUGCUCACACACAUGAUGAUGGCGUGUUUGGGAACUCAGAUCGCUUUCCUGGUCUCAGCUUACAGAGGACGCCAGCUGUCAGAAGAAAGCUGUUCUGCUCUUGGCUUGUUCACCCACUAUUUCCACCUCAGCCAGUUCAGCUGGAUGCUCAUUCAAGCAGUGAAUUUCUGGCAGGUGUUGGUGAUGAACGACGAGCACACGGAGCGCCGCUACCUGCUGUACUUCCUGCUGAGCUGGGGGCUCCCCGCCCUCGUCAUCGCACUGCUGGUCAUCAUCCUCCUGGGGGCCUACAACUGGAACAUCCACAGCGUCUAUGGCCUCGUGCACGGGGACGUGUGUUUCAUACCCAACGUGUACGCUGCCCUGUGCACUGCGGCCCUGGUGCCCUUGGCCUGCCUCGUGGGAGUCUUCGUGGUGGUCGUCCACGCCUACCAGGUCACCCAGCAGUGGAAGGCCUACGACGACGUCUUCAGAGGGAGAGCGAACAGCACAGAGGUCCCGCUGGUGCUGUACCUGUUUGCCCUUGUUUCUCUGGUCUGGCUGUGGGGAGGCCUGCACAUGGCCUACAGACACCUGUGGAUGCUGGUGCUGUUUGUCAUCUUCAACAGUUUGCUGGGGUUCUACGUCUUUGCCGUGUAUUUCAUCAUGCACAACCAGCUGUGCUGGCCCGUGAAGGCCAGUUACACCGUGGAGAUGAACGGGCACGGCGGCCCCGGCUCCGGGUUCCAGGGCAGCGGCGCUCCAGCCGUGGGCGGGGAGAUCAGCAAGUCCACGCAGAACCUCAUCAGCGCCAUGGAGGAGGUGCCAGCGGACUGGGAGCGAACUUCACUGAGGCCUAGCAGCCAGGCCAGCAGCGCGUUCAAGCCGGGUCCACAGAACGGGAACGCCUGCAGUCCACAGGGGGGCUUCACCAACACCUCGCUGGUGGCCGAUGAGGAAUCGCAAGAAUUCGAUGACCUAAUAUUUGCCUUAAAGACCGGUUCCGGCCUCAACGCCAGUGACAACGAGUCGUGUCACGGGAGUCAGGAUGGCGGCAGUGUGGCAAACUCCCAGAUCGUAGAGCUGAGAAGGAUCCCCAUUGCCGACACGCAUCUUUAACCCUCUUCUGAUGGAAAACACAAAUCAGUAUUUUUAUACUUGUACCGCUUCUGCACUAAACCAUUGUUAUCAGAUAGUUCGCUAUUAAUUUUGUUUUCAUUAGAGGUUUGAUACCACAUUGGUGACUUUUGUAACUAAAUUAAAUUGUGACAGUCCUUGAGGAAGACCGUUUUGAAAAUGACUUACUUUAACUGGAUGUAAAUAUUGUGUAGUAUUUCUAGAUCUUAGGCAAGUUUUCUUUAAUACCACUGUUAAGUUUGUGUAACAUUGUUAAUAAAUAAUACAUGAACUGUUUUGCAUA